AUGGUUGAGAUUGCCAAAAGCUUGGGGGAGCGUAAUUGCAUGAACGAGCAGUUUACGCGGAUGAGACCUCCGUCAUUUUCUAGAGGAGCAACCCCUUUAGCAACUGAGAACUGGAUUCAGGAUGUUGAAGAUAUAAUGACGGUCCUCCCGUGUAUUGAGAAGCAAAAGGUAUUAUUUGCGACAUUUAAGCUGACUAGGGAGGCAAAACGCUGGUGGAGAUUAGCGAGGUUAAUUGAGGAACUGAGGUCUAAUCUGAUGGUGGUGACGUGGAGCCGUUUUUGGGAGUUAUUUUUUUACCGAUACUUCCCCGCCACUGUUAGGAGUGCAAAAACAGCAAAAUUUCUACACCUGACUCAAGAACAGUUGACUGUACAGCAAGAUGCAGCCCGUUUCAUAAAAUUGUCUCGGUUUGGCCCACAUUUAGCACUGGACAAGGAGAAGAAGGCAAGGAAGUUUGAGGAAGGCCUAAGGCAAAAUUUUUUUGAGCAGGUUAUCGGUUUUCUGGCUCAAACAUUCAUGGAGGUUGUGGACAGAGCUGCAGUCAUCGAGAGUGGCAUGCAAAGAGGCACCGCAGCUCAGAGUCAAAGGCCCAUGCCUCAAGGUUUCCAAGCGAGUUCUAGUCGGGGCCCAUGGAGAGGAGACUGGUAUGGAGGAGAUGAGGGACAGAUGACGAGGCACGACGUUUUUUAG